AUGAUACGUCGUUUAAGAGGAGGUAAAGCAAAAACUGAAAAUUUACCAAUUUUAGAUAAACAUGGAAAACUUCUAACUAAUUCAAAACAAAGUUUAACUUGCUGGAAAGAGUAUUUCAAUGAUCUCCUAAAUGUACCAUCUCAUGUAGAUCCAAUAACAAUUCAACAAAUCCAUGCAGUUACAAUAACUACAACGGAACAACGACGACAAGAGCAAACACCAUCUCUGGAGGAAGUCCAACGCGCAAUAAAACAAAUGAAAAAUGGAAAAGCGCCUGGCAAUGAUGGAAUCUCUGCUGAUCUUAUAAAAGCUGGUGGUCUACCAAUGGCAAAAUGGUUGCAUGAGAUUUUUGUGGACAUAUGGGAAAAUGAAACAAUAAUUGAAGAUUGGUCAACAGCAAUCCUGAUUCGUCUCUAUAAAAAUAAAGGCGAUAAGAAGGAAAAAAUGACCAACCAGAUAGAAGCUAUUCAAUCACAAACACAAGAAUGGCAAAAUGUGACAAUAUCAAAGUUAGAACAAAAGCAUCAAGAACUGGAACAGCUGACAAGCAACCUUCGAGACAUGAAAAUGGAAAUACAAAAAAUUUGUGAAGCUAUUACAAUGAAAACAGUAGAAAAAAGUAAUCUCAACCAAUUAAUAGAAGAAAACACCUUGACACCUCAUACACAACGAAAUUCAUUGACAAUAGACGAAUCAUUUAAUAAUGACCAACCUGAUCGACAGCAUCAAACAACAACAAUUAUUAUCCCACCAUCAUCGUCAAUACCAACGUUUAGUGGAAGUAUCAUGGAGAAUCCUCGUCAAUUUCUUAUUCGAGUCAAAGAAUAUGCAGAAACAAUAAACCAUUGGAAUGAACAACAUUUACUUAAGGGCAUCUCACAAUUCCUUAGAGACACAGCCCUCGAAUGGUACUGCCAAUUAGGUAUUUCAAAUCGACGUCCACAAACUUGGACAGAAUUCAAUGUAAUCUUUCUCAACCAAUUCAAUUCACCAAUUCGACGAGCACAUCAAGAGCAGCAAUGGAAGAGCUGUAAACAAGAAGAAAAUGAAACAAUCAAUGAAUUUAUUGUUCGACUUCGGGCCCUCUGGCAAGAACAAAAGCCGAAUGAAACAGAAAGUGAUCUCAUUCGACACCUGCUGUGCAAGAUGAGAAACAAUUUAUUAACAAUGAUCGGUAUAUCUCGAUGUGAAUCACUAGACGAGAUUAUUUUAGAAGCUCAAAAAAUUGAAGAAAUACUCUACCAACGAAAUAAACAACGCCAAAGAACUGAUUACGAUGACGUAUUACACAAUGAUGCACCAACAACGUCAAUGUACAAUAACGAAAAUCAUCACGAGAAGAAACUGUCCAUAUCAAUACAACACCUAUCAACACCAGAAUUCGUGGCAUUACUCAAAAAACGACAAUGGAGCACAGGGUGGACGGGCCCAUGGCGCUCCAAUGUAAAAUAUCCCGUUCAACUAUCCGCCGAAAUUCAUACUAUGAACAUUUAUAAUAAUACUCCAUUAAUAUUACAAGGUAUGAUUGCAGGAAGACGAACACAACUACUUAUCGAUUCUGGAGCAUCGCUCACAUUAAUUAAUCUUCAAUUCUUUCGACGAUUGCCACGGUAUUAUCGUCAAAGAGCAUAUCCCCCUCCAUCCAAUUUAUGUCUUCAAUUGGCGGAUAGAUCACAACUCGAUGUUAAAUAUGCAUUAUCACUCCCAAUAACCAUCUCCAACUCAACUCGUGUACAUAAAGUCUACGUGGUCCCAAAAUUAUGGCGUUCGUGUAUUAUUGGUAAUGAUAUAAUACGUGAACACAAUCUUCAAAUAGAUGGUGGACAACAAUAUGCAUACUUCAAAGCGAAGAAAAAAAAUACACAGCUGCAACAGGAAAGAAAAGAAACAAUUAAGAACGAUGAUGAAUAUGUGUUGAUUGCCAAUGAGCGUGUCAAGAUUUCACCAUUUCAUGCAUUUAACAUUGAAGUUAAACCAAAUAAACCAUUCUCAAUUAUAGAAGAAGAUGACAGAGAUGAAUAUGAAGUAUCAUCAAUGAAAGAAACUCCACGUGUAGCCAACGGCAUUAUUACACCAUGUGAACACAUGACACUGCAGGUGGCUAAUCUAACGGAAAGAACGAUUAUGAUCUAUAAAAAUCAGCCGCUGGCGACAAUGACUCGUCUUAAUCAAAUUCAAUUAAAUAUGAUGCAACAUGGAACAAUAUCAUCAGCAACAAAACAAACGACGUCAAAAACAGACAGUGAUGUAAGUUUAAUCAACACUGAUUUAGACGAACAACAAAAAGAACAAAUAAAACAACUUAUUCAGCAAUUUCCGGAUGUGUUUAACGAACAACCAGGAAGAACAAAAAAAACACAACAUCAAAUUAAUUUAGUUCCCGGGGCACAGCCGUUUAAUUCACCACCAUUUCGUUAUGCACCAACAAGAAAGCAAAUAAUCGAGCAGAACAUAAAAGAAAUGUUAGAUCAAGGGAUUAUUUCACCAUCAACAAGUCCAUGGGCAUCACCCGUUAUAUUAGUUCCAAAGAAAGAUGGAAACUUACGUUUCUGUAUUGAUUAUCGAAAAUUAAAUGCUGUAACAAUUCGUGAUGCAUACCCACUUCCAAGAAUAGAUGAUACAUUAGAUUCAUUACGACAAGCGAAAUUUGUAUCAACACUCGAUUUACGCUCCGGAUACUGGCAAGUGGAAAUGGAUCAAGAUUCAAGAAAGAAGACCGCCUUUGUAACACAUAAAGGUCUAUUUGAAUUUAAUGUUAUGCCAUUCGGAUUAA